GGGCGGCGGUGUCGGAGGUGCGCGGCCGAGCGGCCCCUCCCGCUCCGCUGCUCGGGCGCCCGUUGCACCGCGCUGCGUUAGCGAGAGGCGAGGAGAAGGAGCCGUUGCCAGCGCGGCUGCCCCGGCGCAGCGCUCACCAUGUCGCGGCCGCUCCCGCUGAACCCCCCGUUCCUGCCGCCCACCUACGGUGUGCUGAAGUCGCUGCUGGAAAACCCGCUCAAGCUGCCGCUCGCCCAUGAAGACGCAUUUGGUAAAGAAAAAGAUAAGGAGAAGAAGUUAGAUGAUGACAGCACCAGUACCACAGUCCCUCAGUCAGCUUUCUUGGGUCCAACAUUAUGGGACAAGACACUGCCAUAUGAUGGAGACACUUUCCAGUUGGAAUACAUGGACCUGGAAGAAUUCCUCUCGGAAAAUGGCAUUCCACCCAGCCCAAACCAGCAUGAGCAUAGCCCGCACCAGUCAGGUCUGCAGCAAGCUACCUCAGCAUCACCUUCAGUCAUGGACCUCAGCAACAGGGCUUCAACUUCAGUCCAUCCAGGCAUGGUGUCGCAGAACUGCAUGCAGAGCCCGGUCAGACCAGGUCAGAUCUUGCCAGCAAACCGAAACACACCAAGUCCCAUUGAUCCUGAGACUAUCCAAGUUCCUGUUGGCUACGAACCUGAUCCUGCAGAUCUUGCUCUUUCCAGUAUUCCUGGCCAGGAGAUGUUUGACCCUCGUAAGCGCAAGUUCUCUGAAGAGGAGCUGAAACCACAGCCGAUGAUUAAGAAAGCUCGUAAAGUCUUCAUUCCAGAUGACCUGAAGGAUGACAAAUACUGGGCAAGGCGCAGAAAGAACAACAUGGCCGCGAAGCGAUCGCGGGACGCGCGCCGCCUCAAGGAGAACCAGAUCGCCAUCCGCGCCUCCUUCCUGGAGAAGGAGAACUCAGCUCUGCGCCAGGAGGUGGCCGACCUACGGAAAGAGCUGGGCAAGUGCAAGAACGUCCUUGCCAAGUAUGAAGCUCGACACGGGCCCCUGUAAAUUGAAAGGGGGCCAAGGGGGGGGGGUCUUUCUUGUUUCAUUGCGGGUUGGCAUUUGACUAGAUGGACGAUGUGUUUCCUGUUUGAUAGCACCACACCCAAACCAACCUUUCUGUCUUCAGCACUUUACCAGAAGCAGAAACAAAACUGACUUAAACGUUACUUCUUUCGUUCGCGUAUGUGUGUACCUGCGUACGUGUGUUCCCACGUCUGUACCCGUGUGUGUGUGUGCGUGUGUGUGCAUGUGGGUGUGUGUGUGCAUCUCAGCACUUCCCAUUUGUAUGAAGCCCUCUUCAAAGGGUGCCACAUUUUUACCUGGACUGUUGAGGACCGCCAUAGUAAGCUUUUUAUUACAUACGUUGGGUUUUCUUUCAGUGCUGCUUCAGAGUAGGGGUUUUAUGUUAUUGUAACCAGCUCCAUCCCGAGGGACUCGGAGAGAUCCCAAUAUAAAUUAUAAAAAGAAAAAAGAGGAAAAAAAAGGAAAAAAAAGUAAAAAAAGUAAAAAAAAAAGUAGAUCUCAGUUUUUUGGCGAGUAACGAGCUCGUGUUUGAGUCUGUCUGAUCAGAAACGUUAACAUGCUAAUAAAGUGCACACAUAAUUUAGUACUACACUGCAGAAAUAUUAAUUUAUAGAUUGCUUUUGUUGUAUUUUAAGUUUUGGUGGUAAUUGUCUUCAGAUUUAAAGUGCUGUUAGACUGAGUUAGCUGUACUCAUUAUAGAGCCCAUAAUGGCUUCUCUGUAGCUAUUAAGGUUCCUUUUCUUUCCACAGACCCCAGGUAGGUAGGAGUCCUGUCGAUGGACCACAGAGUGUGUAUUUGCACUGUCUGUACCUGAAGCAAUAAUCCUGUUGUACGCUAGCGCGCAUGCUGCCCGGGUGUUCCCAGUGGAUGUAGGAUGGUUUCCCUCCCCAACAGGAGUUUUUAAUGUCUUUAACAAAAAGCUAAAGGUAAAAGCCACCUUCACAUGAGCAUGCUAAUUGUGUCCCUGCUCUAGGGAGCGCAUGUGUGAGAAGCAGGAUAACGAGUUGAAAUGAGAACAAAAUCGGUAGUAUCAACCCAGAGCCGAUGUUGAAAUCAGAGGGGCUUUUCUGUUCUCAGUUAGUUUUGCAUCUCUUCAAGUUCCAUUUUGUGACUGAAAAUUAACUAAAUACUCUGAUUAAUUUGUUUUUUUCCCAUGUUUUGUAAUAUAUUUUCUGUGGAUUAUCUCUUGCUGUUUUAAGGAUCACUUUUAUUCAGUUAGAAGAAGUCACUGGUUUGCAAAGGCCAUUUUUCCUAGUGAUUGUUGUUCUGAGUGUGACAUGAACUGAUGGUUCUGAACUUUAUUGUUUUAAACUCUAUUUGCUUCUGAACAUGUUUGUUCUAAUAUAAAGUGGACUUCUGAAAAAUGAAUGUAAGAGACACUGGUGUAUUUCAGAAGGGGAUGGUGUUGUCAUAUACUGUGGUUAAUCCAAUCAAUCGAAGUGUUUACUAUAGACCAAAAGGAUAGAGAUUAUAAAAUGUAUAAAGUUUAUACAGAAUAAUUAUAGUAUGUUCGUUUUGUACAGUAUUUUUCAAGUACAAAUACUGACAAUGUAUUUUGAAAGACAGACAUAUAUAUAGCAAAAAGGAAGAAAAAGCUAUUCCAUGUUUAAAACUAUAUAGCAAAGAUAGAUAUAUAUUCUCCAUAUUGUACAGAAAGGAAAUGCUAUGGGGUUUGUUGGUUGGUUUUCUUUUCUUAACUAAUUCUUUAAUAUUUUAAGCCUACCACUGGCACACCGGCAUGGUCUGUGCUUUACAUUAAAUUUUGAUGGCAGUAAUACGGCUUUCCAGGAUGUUCCAUAUUACUGGAGAAGAGAGACUUCUUUACUAUUUCCCAUCCAAAACACAUAAAGGAACGGUUUAAUAGGGACAAAGCACAACCUGGAUUUUAGUCAACUGUUGAUGGGACAGGACAAUGUUUUGUAAAGGCAGAAAAAUAAUGUAUAAGACAAGAAAUCUCAGUCGUUUCUAAUCUGCUGCUGCUGCUAGAAUCUGUUUCCAGCUGAAAUGUUUCUUACAGCUAGCUCUGUUUGGGGUAUACAGUUGUAUGUGCUGCAUCUGGUUAUUAACAGGUGAGGAAAACAUGGUGCUACGUCUUGCUCACAGUUCUCGCAGUGUUUUGACCUUAUUUUCAAAUAAAGAGGUUGUUCAUUCCAUUAAAUCAUUGUUCAUGCUUCAGGAGGUUGAUACAAAGGACUCCCCAUUUUGUUCAGCAUUAAAAAUACCCUCGCAGGAAUGGCAUCUCUCCAGUAUUUUUCCUCAAACGUACCCGAGUUGUCAGCAGCCCUUAACGUGCAGGACUUGCCUAUGGAACAUUGAGUUUCCGUGUGCUGCAGCAGAGUUUAAAGUGCAGUAAGUUAUUUUCUAU